CAGGACGCGCUGCGUCAGUGACUGCAGCAGCCCCGCCCGGAGCGCAAUCCGCAGGAGCUGCAGGCGGCAGCGCGGGGCAGCGCUAUGGACCGAGGCAGCCCCGGGGUGGCCUUCCUGUCGCUUCUCCUCCUGGUUGCGAUUUCCUGCUCUGCCGAACGAUGUAAUGAACCCUUGGUGGCUCAAGAAUAUUCGAGCUCCAUGACAGCUUCCUCCUAUUAUUCAUAUUCCUACUCACCCAGCUAUGGAAAACUGCACUCGAGAGGUGGUUGGUCUCCCCAGGUUUCAGAUCGACUUCCCUGGCUCCAGAUUAACCUGUCACAGAGAUCGAAAAUCACUGCCAUCGCCACACAAGGAACAUACAACUCUUAUGAUUGGGUGACUAAGUACCUCUUCCUAUAUGGUGACCGACCAGACAACUGGACACCAUUCUAUCAGCAGGGACAUAACUGGACUUUUGCAGGAAACCGGAAUUCUGAUGAUGUGGUUCGACAUGAGCUGUGGAGACCAGUUCUCGCACGCUCCGUCCGCUUCGUAGCCCUGGGCUGGAACGUCAAUCGUUAUGUUGGACUUCGGGUCGAAGUCUAUGGCUGCUAUUAUGAUUCUGACAUGGUCUCUUUUGAUGGGAACAGUUCUCUGAGCUACCAGUUCCAGGAUGGAAGUACUCGCACAUUGUUCGACUCCAUCUCAUUCAACUUCAAAACUAUGGCUCAGGAUGGACUUCUUCUACACAGUGAGGGUGAAGAGGGAGAUUAUAUCACGGUGGAGCUCCAGGGAGCAAAGCUUCUGUUUCACAUUAACUUAGGCAGCAGCAAUAUCCAUUCUGUGAGUGGAGACACUUCCAUCAAACUGGGCAGUUUACUCGAUGACCAGCAUUGGCACAUGGUCUUCAUUGAGCGCUAUGGACAGGAUCUUAAUGUCACUCUUGAUGGUCAUGUUGAACGCCUUCUCACUAAUGGUGACUUUGAUCACUUGGAUUUGAAUUCUGUGAUUGUUUUUGGUGGGCUGAAUACUACAGAGAGACUGAGACUAGUCGACAAGCCAAACUUCCAGGGCUGUAUGGAGAACAUUAUGUACAACAACAUUAGUGUCAUCGACCUAGCGAGAGCAAGAUAUUCACAAACACAGACCCUGGGUAAUGUACAUUUCCGCUGCCAUGAAUUCCUCCACAAGGACAGGCCAUUCUAUCCCAUAACCUUUGCAACGCAAGCCAGUUUUAUCCAGGUGCCAGGAAUACCAAUGCUGAACCAGCUAUCUGUCAACUUCAGUUUCCGAUCUUUAGACACAAGUGGCUUGCUUCUUUUCAGCAACUUUUCUGAGGGUCUUGGCUGGCUGGAGAUGGGUUUAAGUGAAGGACAAAUCAACAUCUCAUUCCAACAAACUGGCAAGAAAAGACUGGAGUUUGCUGCAGGUUCAAACUUGACCGAUGGACACUGGCAUUCAGUUCAGCUGCUAGCCCGAAUGGACUCUGUUGUGGCUGUUAUUGAUGAGAGGGAUGAUUCACCAAUACGAAUAGGUCACACUUUACGGGUGCAGACUGGUGAUCAGUACUACUUUGGAGGCUGCCCCACAAGUGUAAAGAACUUGGGAUGUUUUUCAAAUGUGAGUAUGUUCCAUGGCUGCAUGCAACACAUUCAUGUGGACAAUUAUCUUGUGGAUCUGGAGCUAGUAAAAAGACGCCAACUAGGAAGAUAUGCAGAGAUGCUGUUUAACACGUGUGGAGUUGCAGACAGAUGUACCCCAAAUUUGUGUGAACAUGAAGGAAUUUGUCUGCAGACUUCAGAUAAUUUUGUAUGUGAUUGUGAGAGAACAGGAUACACAGGCCCAACCUGCCAUAACUCCCUCUAUCCUGAGUCAUGUGAAGGGUACAGAAAACUGGGUGUGCGAACAUCUGGGAACUACACUAUUGACCCUGAUGGGAGUGGUCCGUCCAGACCCUUCACCGUUCACUGCAGAAUGACAGAGAAAAAAGCCUGGACAAUAGUUUAUCACCAACAGCAGCAAGAGGUCAAAGUAACUGGCUCGACUUUAGAGAAACCUUUCGUGGGACAUAUCCAAUAUUACAACAACACAGAGGAAGAGAUUUCUGCGAUAACCCUAGCGGCCGAGUAUUGUGAACAGGGUAUCUCCUUCUCCUGCUAUAGGUCCCGUCUCCUCAACAGUCCAUCUGGGCUGCCUUUCUCCUGGUGGCUAGGCCGUGGAUUUGAGAAACAUUUCUAUUGGGGAGGUGCGACUCCUGGGAGUCAGAGAUGUGCCUGUGGGAUGGAGAAAAGCUGCACUGACCCCAAGUAUUUCUGCAAUUGUGAUGCAGACUACCGGCAGUGGAAGACCGACCGAGGUUUCCUGACCUACAGGGAGGACCUGCCAGUCACAAAAGUUGUUGUUGGUGACACAAACCGUUCCAGUUCUGAGGCCCGAUUCACUGUGGGUGCUUUACGUUGCUAUGGAGAUGGCGGCUCCUGGAACACAGCCUCAUUUGUUUCAGGGAAUUACCUUCAAUUCCCGAGCUUCAAUCCCGGGCCUAGUGCUGACAUCUCUCUCUACUUCAAAACCACAACAUCUCAUGGUGUCUUUCUGGAGAAUUCCGGAUAUAGAAAUUUCAUCCGUCUGGAACUGAAAUCAGAGAUGGUGGUUGCAUUCUCCUUUGAUGUGGGUGAUGGCCCAGAGGAGCUACAGGUUGAGUCAGAGACCCCUCUGAAUGAUGACGCUUGGCACUUCCUGGAGGCAGAGAUCAAUGUGAAGUUUGCCCGUCUACGGCUGGAUGAGUCACCUUGGCGACUGAGAGAGGCGCCACCACAGAGCUAUGUAUCUCUGAAGCUGGACAGGCCAUUGUUUAUAGGAGCUGCCGAGUAUCGGCUGAACGCAUUCUUUGGCUGCUUGCGUGGUCUCCGAAUGAAUGGAGUAAUCCUGAAUCUGGAGAAGGAAGCUAACGUUACAGAGGGAGUGAAUGCAGGCUGUGUGGGAGAAUGCGGCAGUACUGGGGUACUAUGUCAGAAUGGAGGCAGAUGUGUUGAGCGAUACAGCACAUACAGCUGUGACUGUAAUUCCAGUGCCUUUGAUGGGAUGUACUGCCAUAAAGUUAUUGGUGGGUAUUUUGAACCAGGAACCUAUGUUCGUUAUGGCUUCCAAACACCAUUCACAGCGGCAGCUGGAGCAUUUGCAAAUAUGAUGGUUCCAAUCAGCCACGGUUUUAACUCCACCAGUGAGGAAAUUGUCUUCAGUUUCAAAACAUCACAGACACCGAGUGUCCUCAUGUACAUCAGCUCCUUCUCCAGAGAUUAUCUUGCUGUGAUCAUCAAACACGAUGGGAGCUUGGUGCUUCGGUACCAGCUUGGCUCCUUUCCCAACCCGUACACCAGGAUCCUGGUUAAGGACAACGUGGCUGAUGGUAAAGCUCAUUGGGUCAACAUCACCCGGAGAGACCGGGACAUCUACACACAGGUGGAUGAACAUCCAGUUGUGCGUGACAAGAUUUCUCUCUGGGGUGAUAAGAAUUUUGAUUCGCCAAGGUCCCUCUUUUUGGGUCGAGUGAUGGAGAUAGGUGUUCUUGACCCUGAGAUCCAGCGGUUUAACAGCCCGGGUUUCACUGGGUGUCUGGCCGGAGUCAACUUCAAUGGAAUUGCCCCAUUAAAGGCAGCCCUGAGGACAAACACGAAUCAGACUGUGGAGGUUUUGGGGGAUUUGGUGGAAUCGAAUUGUGGAGCUGUCCCCAUAAUUCUAUCAUCAGUCCUUCUGGAUGAAGAUCCUUGGGCUCUGCAGCCAGACACCCCACGAUUUGGAUAUGAUUACCUGACUGGAGUUAUCAUUGGAGUCAUUGUAGCACUCAUCCUCUUCGCUAUCCUCGCACUGUUGGUCUUGCUGUUCCUCUACUAUUAUCGACACAAGGGCAGCUACCACACGAAUGAAGCCAAACCCCUCGAACCGUCCAAUGGGGCCAAGCCUGUCUCUCUGAAGAAGGACCAAAACCUUCCCCAGAUACUGGAAGAGACUAAAACUGAAUAGUUGGAGCUGAGUUUGUGUUUUGUUAAGAGAGGGUUGUAAGAGAAUCUCUGACUAAGAUAUAGUCCCUUAUUAAAUAGGCUCUCUCUGGAUAAUUAAACAUUCCUUGUCUACAGAGAAACGGGCUAAAGAAUUUACAAAACCACGUCACAGGUUUUAGUAACAUGCGUGCUUCUGUCUGCAACUGAAGAAAACUUUCUUGGCAAUUUUUUUAAGGAUCAUUUGGAGUCUAAUGCUGCUAAUUAAGACAAACUGAGUAGAACCCAUAUCUAUAUAUGAAUUGCUGCUGCUAGUAACAGUGGGGAACAGGCUCCUACUUCAACCUAUAAUCAAUGCACCUGCUAUACUUGCUGCUACUCGUGCAUGAAAGAUAUCUACAAUAUGCAGCUCACGUUGACGUAUACAAUCACUUGCAAUAUUUUUUUACUUUUUACUAUUUCUGUUGUCAAGUUUGAAUCAACAUUGUACAAAAUUCUUAUUGUAAUAUUUUAUAAAUAGCUGUAGCAUUCUGAGAGUAUGAAUGUCAUAUGGAGAUUUAACCAAAAUCAUGGGAAGGUGGGGCAGAUGGGGAAGGUGGCAGCCUGGCCAUUGUGUGAAUGGACAUGCCAGCCCCACCUGCCCACUCCUUGCGUCCUGCCAUGAGGAUCAGGGACUGGUCCAGUGUUGGACCACAACAUCAGCCAGGGAGCUUGCAGCAUCACUGCCAUGACCCAGUGACAUCGGGAGCAGACAACACUGAGGUGAACUUGUACAUCAAUUUAGAAAAAAUCUGGAUAUGGAAUUUUUCAGGGCUGUAGAAGUUGAAACUAGAAUUAGUUGGCAGAAUCUUGGUGAGGUGUCAGGAUCUGACCUGACGACAGGAAAGCCAGUGCGAGAGCUCUGCUACCCCUUCUAUCAAAGGCCCACUGAGCCUCAAGCCAGUCAGCCUGUGGCAAGACCACUGGGCUGUAUCAGGAUCCCAGGGCGGAGGAAUUCAGUCAACAAGAACUUGUUCUUUGCAGCAUCACCCAGGUGUUGUAGUUGAUACAUAAAAUGGGGAAAGCAGGCCAUUCAGCCUAUCGCAUCCACCCUGACCCUGUGAAGAGCAAACCACCUGUCCCUGUAACCCUGCAUUUUCCAUGGCUAGUUGACUGAGCUGCACAUUUUUGUAUUGUGGGAAGAAACUGAAGCACCCGGAGGAAACCUACACUGACACAGGGAUAAUGUACAAAGUCCAAACAGACAAUUGCCCAAGGGUGGAGUUGAACUCUGCUGUGAGGUAGCAGUGCUAACCACCGAGCCACUGGGCUGCCCUAAUUAGGCCCACAGUCAGUUAAGAGCCAAGACAGGAACAGUGAAAAUGGAGGCUAUGUUUGUGGGGCGAGGCAAGGUGUCAUUAGGGGAGGUACCAACAGCAAGAGCAGAGACUGGCACAUUCCCACACCCUGCCCAGGCUCUGAGGUGAUAAGCUCGCUACGAGCGCUUUAGCUGCCCAUUGGGACUGGGUCACUCCCAUUGGUGUCGGACUCAGUUAUUAACUAAAUUGAUAAAGACAUGAAUUGUUGAGGAAGAUUGAGACUUUCUGUUCAGUAAGAGGUGGGGAAAAAGGUAGGUUUUGUUUGCAGCAGCAGGCCAUCAAAUGAAGCAGAUUCCUCACCUCAAGCUCAACCCCAGAGAGAGCAGGAAUAUCCACUCAAUGCUUCUGAACAACACGACUCUCAGCACUUAGUGAUAAAGAAGGUGCUGCCAGACAACAGGAUAGAGGAGUUUUGGGUGUCACUGACAGAGAUGUUUAGUGCAGACAGGGUUUUGGAAAAGGGGGUGUCUGAGAGAGGGGAAUUAGUCUAGAAUGUGUUUGGUGGGAUCUGAGAGAGGGACAGUGGUCUAAACUGGGUUUUGGGGGUCUGAGAGAGGGGUAUUAAUUUUUGACAAGGUUUGAGGGGCUCUGAGCAGGGCAUUUGUUUAGACAGUGUUUUGGGGGUUCUGCGAGAGGGACGUUGGUCUGGACAGGAUUUGAAAUGUGUGGGUGAGAAUUGUAAGUUUUUGAAGGUUUUCAGGGUAAAGCCUGAGAUAAGACCAGUUUUACUGAAUUCACCACCUGUGCCAUCAUUCCUGCAGCCUUCCCCCAGCCUCCAUAUAAUUUCUAACCAAUGGAUUCCAUCAUUGAACAAUGCUGAAUUCUCCUUCCCAGCCUGAAUCUCCAGGUGUUGCUCGUCUCAUGUUUAGCAAGUUGAAGGAAUUCUCACAGGCAAUGCAACGUCUAAUGAGAGGAUUAAAGGCACAAAACAUGUGGCUGUUUCUCUCUCUUUAUCCCCCUCCCCCUUUUUAUCAUUGUUUCCAAUUGAUGUAAUUCAUCUUUUUAUUGUUUGUGCAUUUCUGUAUUAAACUCAUUGCACUAAUA